AUCCCACCAACAUCAUACAACCUUCAAGGACCACCCUCCAUUGUCUCUCUUCCAAGCAACAUACCCACCACAAACAAAGAUGAAACUACUCUUCUCUCUCCUUCUCCUAUUUCUCUUCCUCUCCCAUCCCACCACCACCCAAUCCCAGUCCCCAGCCCAGGCUCCGGCGCCACCCGGGCCACCGGACCUCAUCAAAAUCCUCCAAAAAGCCAGCCAAUUCACCGUCUUCAUCAAGCUCCUAACCACAACCCAAGUGGGUUCACAAAUCAAAGGCCAACUCAACAAUUCCAACGACGGCAUGACCGUCUUCGCCCCGCCCGACAACGCCUUCUCGAGCCUCCCCGCCGGCACUCUGAACUCCCUCACCGACGAACAAAAAGUCGAGCUAGUCCAGUUCCACGUCAUCCCUUCAUUUUUCUCAAUCUCACAAUUCCAAACGGUUAGUAAUCCGGUGAGGACUCAGGCCGGAGACACCCGGAACGGCAAGUUUCCGCUCAACGUCACCACCUCCGGCAACCAAGUCAACGUAUCGACCGGCAUUGUCAAUACGACGGUGGAUAAUACCAUAUAUAGUGAUAACCAGCUCGCUGUCUAUCAGGUCGAUAAGGUUUUGCUUCCACUCAGCAUCUUUGGGAGUCCUUCUCCGGCGACGGCGCCUGCGCCGGCAGCGGAGAAGAACAAGAAAGCCACGGCGGCAGAUGGGGGUGGGACGAACUCCGAUGGUGGGGAUGCUUCUGGUGGAGGUUGUCUCUCCUCCUACUCUGUGCAUGCGAUGGUGGUGUUGUGCUCUGUGAUUGGUGGAUUUGUUUUGUUACGAUGAACGGUUGUGAUUAAGCCAACUGGAUGAAAUUUGUGGGGUCUAUUUGUUUGGUGGACGUUUGAUUUGGAUGAGUCAGAUUGAACGGUGGUGAUGGGGAUAAGAGGCUUUUCUAUUGACUCUGUAGUUUUCUAUCUAUUGUUUUGUUUCCUUUUUUUCUUUUUAUUUACUUAUGUUGUUUUUGCAGAUUCCAUGUAAUUCAGAUUUUGUAUUAUUUUUGCGAAAAAAAUUCAAAAAAAAAAUGCUAUAUUUUGUCAUUA